AUGCUAAUGGAGUACUCGGGACUCGCUAUUUUCCCCAUCCCGGCAUCUAUUCGGCGUCGAUUGCCCCGCCUAUAUUCCUCCCGAGCCGUUCCCAAGGCCACCGAGUCAAGCGGGGAUCAGCGCCGUGGACUGUCAUCUUCGUCCGAACCUCAUCUGCUAUGUCAUAGCCAAUUCUCUGCGUCGGUAGCACCCGAGCUCCAAAGGCCUUCCACUGCCAGCGAUGACUUGGAUUCGUUCGACUCUGGUUCCGUGGGAUCAGAUAGCCUCCGAGAUGAUAUAGCGUCCCCAACGAAAUACGAGACCGAGUCUGGCCUCCGGUGGAAUCGAGUUGUACCUGCGUUCAAUCUUCUGCGCAAUUCGGGAUAUGAAGCCCAGCAGCCGCAGCCUGAUGGCCGUCUGGCUCGGUCUCUCUAUGUCAACGCUUUGGUCUACCUUCUCGAUGCUUUGCCUUCCGACUUAACCACAGAGGAAACUUCCAUGCUUCAGCGCCAUAUGCCAGAAACGGUCAAGGUUGGAUUGAUGCCAUACCCCCGGCCACCCGGGGAUCUGGAUAGCGCGAAUCGUAACAUAACCCCCCAGCCAAGAUCAUAUCUCCAUAAAGUUCUCGCCUCGACAAUUUUGCAGCUGUUCAUUCUAUUGCGGCUCCUUCUACCAUAUCUAAGGGUGCUAUUGCGCCAACUAUACGAGUAUGAGCGGACACAUCACAUUACUGAGCGCAUCGUGACUACUACACUGGAGGCAGCUGAUGGGUUGGGGAAAGGCACUGUUAAUAUUGGAGCUGCUGUUUGCAAGUUCAACGAAGGGCGGGUUGGCACUGCUCUUGCAAAUUUCGCAGCUUGGUGGAUGGAAGGUGUAGCUGGAGGGAUAUACGAGGGCGUUGGUGAGGGGAUUGUACAUUUGGGUCUUUUGGGGAAAGAAGCGGAUUUGGAUAGACUUUACAGUCAAUGA